AUGGGGCGGCAUCGGAAGCCUUCGCCAGAGCGCAAAGAAGCACGUAAACACUCAAAACGUAUACACUAUGCAUGGCAUCUGGGCUAUGAACGAAUCAAAGCACGGCAUAGAUGGAGGCGGCGUCAGGGUGCUACAGAGGCUACCCUCGAUGCUUUUCAUACUAUGGAAGACCUAUGGACCAGAACUUACACUGGUGGUAGCCGAAAUCACAACGGAUGUGAACCUCGCAUUAUUGCCCUUCUUCAAAAUGUGGACGAACAGGGCUGGAGUGCGGUUAGACCUGGGUUUGCGGGUGAAUUAGCGGAGGCGAGGAUUUUACUUGAAGAAGUCGAGACACUGGCAAGUUCGGUUACCAAUUUGGAGGGUCCCUGUACUGUCCAGCUAAUGACCGAAUGUUCGCGUCUCCUCUGCCGUGCUCGUCUCUGGCUUGCAUCAGAGGAGGAAAUUCUCCGGCUUAUGGAUGAAGGACCAGAUGUCCUCGACGAUGCAUUAUUUACCAAUAACUUAGUCUGGCAGAGGCCCUGA